GUUUGCAAACUUUUUGAAGUGGGUCCUUUCUGCUCUUCUCAUCAGUCCUCCAAGUUCUAGCUCAGGGCCUCAGCUACAUAGCAGAGUCGCAAUGUGAUUGGGUGGGUCACUUGGGGCCAAGCGCACACUCCGGCGAAGGUGAGAGCAGCUGAAAAGUUGGAGCCCAAUCAGCGCGGAGUUGAGCGCUCAUGCCCCAACCUUCAGGUGACCCCGCGUGGCGGCGGCGGCAGCAGUAGGCAGAGGCAGCGGCGGCUGCAGCGACCAGAGCCCGCAGCGGCUCCGAGCGCCUCCGGGAGGACAAGCGACGAGCUUGGAGAAUCGUCAUCCGCUAGCCGUCCGCCAGCUUCGGCGGCCGGGGCUGGCUUGGAAGAAACGGGCGAGCCGGGACGCGGCUUCUUCGGCUCAGUGCCCAGCAACACUGUUGCAGGCUGGGCUCUGGGCAGCCCCCAGAGUGCGGGCCCGCGCCACCGCCUUUGAACGCUGGGGGUGUGCGUGGCAGCGGCCGCGGUGGCGGCGGCGGCGAAGGCGGUGACCGGAGCGGCGAGUCGGUGCCGCCCGGGCUGCGCUUCGCCCCGGCAGCUUUGGCGGCGAGGGCGCCCGUGGCUCAGGAUGAGAUCGGGGGGCACGCUGUUCGCCCUCGUAAGCAGCCUGAUGCUGCUGCUGCUCCUGCGUAUGCUCUGGUGCCCAGCCGACACGCCUGCCCGCUCCAGGCUGUUGGUGGAGGGAAGCAGAGAGGACACCAGUGGUACCUCGGCUGCACUGAAGACACUCUGGAGCCCUACAACCCCAGUACCGCGCACCAGGAACAGCACAUAUCUGGAUGAGAAGACAACUCAAAUAACAGAGAAAUGCAAAGACCUGCAAUAUAGCUUGAACUCUUUAUCUAACAAAACGAGACGGUACUCUGAGGAUGACUACCUCCAGACCAUCACAAGCAUACAGAGAUGCCCAUGGAACCGGCAAGCAGAAGAAUAUGACAAUUUUAGAGCAAAACUGGCUUCCUGUUGCGAUGCCAUUCAAGACUUCGUGGUUUCCCAGAACAACACUCCAGUGGGGACUAACAUGAGCUACGAGGUGGAAAGCAAGAAACACAUCCCCAUUCGAGAGAACAUUUUCCACAUGUUUCCAGUGUCGCAGCCUUUUGUGGACUAUCCCUAUAACCAGUGUGCAGUGGUUGGUAAUGGGGGAAUUCUAAACAAGUCUCUCUGCGGAGCAGAAAUUGAUAAAUCUGACUUCGUCUUCAGGUGUAACCUCCCCCCAAUCACAGGGAGUGCUAGUAAAGAUGUUGGAAGCAAAACAAAUCUUGUGACUGUCAAUCCCAGCAUUAUAACACUGAAGUACCAGAAUUUGAAGGAGAAGAAAGCACAGUUUCUGGAGGACAUCUCCACCUAUGGAGAUGCAUUCCUCCUCCUGCCAGCAUUUUCCUAUCGGGCCAACACAGGCAUCUCUUUUAAAGUCUACCAAACACUCAAAGAGUCAAAAAUGAGGCAAAAGGUUCUCUUCUUCCAUCCCAGGUACCUGAGACACCUCGCUCUUUUCUGGAGAACUAAAGGGGUGACUGCAUACCGCUUGUCCACGGGCUUGAUGAUUGCAAGUGUCGCUGUGGAACUGUGUGAAAACGUGAAGCUCUACGGAUUCUGGCCUUUCUCUAAGACUAUCGAAGACACCCCACUCAGUCACCACUACUAUGAUAACAUGUUACCUAAGCAUGGUUUCCACCAGAUGCCUAAAGAAUACAGCCAAAUGCUCCAGCUCCAUAUGAGAGGAAUCCUCAAACUACAAUUCAGCAAAUGUGAAACGGCUUAACGUUUCUUAGAAGGAGAAUAAUUUCAGUAGGUGGAGUGGAUGUGUCACAGCAUCUCCAAAAGCGAAUAGAAGAAGGAACAGAGAAAGCAUGAAUUACAAAGGCGCUCUCCCACUUGUCUAGACCAAAGCCACCCGCCCCCACUCACUUUGCAGCCUCCAUGAGUCACUCAUUCUCACCUUCAACGUUCCUUCUCUGAGAAUGGAGACCAAAACAUCAGACUUGGAUAAGUAAAAUGAGAUAAUUUUUCAAAUCAUCAUAGAAUUUGAUUUGAGCCAGGGUCUCUCAGAAUGCUUCCUUGUUCCUAUCCAUGAUAGCCAUUCCCACCUUUAUCAGAGUGGUAAUGAAACUGUGCAAUUGUGCCAAAGACCCUUUCUGAAGAGAAUGUCUGAAUCAUGCGCCGAGUUUUUACACACAGCUCUUCCUUUAUAAAUAAAUCCUUCCCAUUCUCCCUCCUAGUAGAGUACAGAAACAAAAUACCCUUGAUGAUUCAGGAAGAAAAGUCUUUUUUUACUUAGCAAUGUGCCUGCUUCUGAUUCAGUUCGCUUGUGACGUUAGUUGGGUGGGGGUUUUGUUGGAUUUGGGGCGUGUCUUCACUUCUUUUGUCUAUAUUUUCCUUACCUUUAUCAGUUUGUAUUUGAGCUCCCUACUUUGGGAUUCUGCAAUUCUCUCUCCACUGACAGGAUCAACUCAAUGACAUAAAGUAGUUCAAAUAUCUACUGCUUCUCACAUGUUUUAUCCAUAAAGUUACUCAUCUGAUUUUUUAAAAAAUAGUGAACAUCUAUUUGAUAGACCCGAGGACCAUCCUCCAUUGGAGGAUAUGAAGAUAUUGUCACUGACAGAAAAGCAGGUGUGUGCCAUUAAUUGAUAAGAUACCACAAGCAUCAUCAUGCCAGUUAUGAACACAGUGCUGAAAGGAUCAUAGACAGGGGUGGUUAAAUCUGAUCCCAGUAGAAUCAACUUCAAUGUACCUAUUUCAGGGAAGAGUUAAUUUCACAAUUAAAACUAGUAAAUGAACCAAUUCUUAGGCACAUUAAGUGGAUUCUGAGUAAAAGAAACGGAACAGCGGGAGAAAGCUGUUCCCUUGGUUCUGAUGAUCCAAAUGAGCAUGCUGGAAGGAGAUUGUGAGGCUACCCUAAAAACUCUGUGUAGGGAGAGAGUACAGUGCAUGAGCGUGGCAGCUUUUGUCCACACUCGUGAAGUGUGAGUAAUUCAGAGCCAAUCACAUCACAAGGAAGGCUUAGGAUGGACAUACCUAACUCAUCGCUCCAGGGAGGGAUGAAUGCUUUCAUGAGAAAUUACACUCAUAAACUAAGCAUCAGUUUUGAGUAAAAUUUGAGUAGAUGUUAAAUAUGAACAUUUUACACCUCUUACUAAUGUCCCACUGACACCUCUUAAUGUAAGCACAUUUAUUUAUUAAGUUAUUUGACAUUGCAUGCUUAUGUGUGUAUAUUCUGUCCAUCUAUCGAUUUUCCCAAAAAGUAAGAGCAUAGGAGAUGAGGCCCACAUGCCAAGAAAACUAUAAAUUUUACUCUUUAAUUCUUACUUGAGCCAGCUUGUUGUUUAUCAAGUGCUUUUUUGAAGAGACAGCACCCUGUGAAUUCUUCAUUCUGAUACAAUGUCACCUUGUAUUUAACAUUUGUAAUGUUGUUUCAAGUUUACAUCUCUUUCAUUCUUUUAUAGCAAAUCAAACGUAUUAGCUUUAGAAAUUUAUCAGAAGUUCAUAUAUAAAUAUUUUGCAAAGGGUAAAAGGCUUUUUGUUAAAUAAAAUCAAAUUUAUCAUUUUCUUCUGAUGAAUAGAGGCUCUUUUAUGCUGCUGCUAAUGCACCUAAUUAGCUUUAAAUAAACUCCUAGCAACAUUGGUCACGUUUCAGUCAUGCUAUUAGCAAAAAAAAAAAAAAAAAAAAAGGAAAAAAAAACUUUUUAAAAGUACACCAGAAUACUAUUAUUUUUGUAGUUAACAAAAAUGUUUCUCAAAGUAUUUUGUGCUAAGUAGAAACAAAGUCUUUUUGAUGGUGUUGGCAAAAUAUGACUGAAAAAUGAAAGUAGGAGACUACAGUGACAUAAAUUAUUAAAUAGUCUAUGUGGAGAUGUUACAAAUUAUUCUAGCAAAUAUUAUAUCUUGUCAGGAAGUUUCCAGCUUACUUAGUGUUUUCCUAUGUAAGAUGCUAUUUUAACUCCAGAGACUUUUUUCUCUAGAAUAUCAAGACAGACAGACAGACAGACAACUCUAGUGUCACAUACAUGGGUUUCAGAAAUUCUCAAAAUAAUGUGAGGUUAAUAUCACGAUGACAGCCCUGUUUCAACAUAAAUCAGUAGAAAAGGAAUUUUUGAAAUUUCUAGAAAAGCACAGACUUCCCCACAUAUUAAUAUCAUCAGUUUAUUUCUUGUCUCAUGUUUGUGCUGCCAAACCUAAGCACAUCUGAAAUUUUACAACUCUACCUGGAUUAACAUAGACAGUAGUCAGAAGAUGCCCCGAGAUUUCCUGUGUGCUGUGAUUAGAUCUCAUGUUGCUUAAUCUAUAGAGCUAAAGGUGGAACUUGGAGAUGAUGGUGAUGAUGGUGGUGGUGGUGAUGAUGAUGAUGAUGAUGAUGAUUUGGUCCUUUGAUUAUAGUGUGACACUUCCAGCAAAUCACUGCCAUGGCACAAAGAGUACUGUGACUGAUGGUUCACAGUUCCCAAAGCUGACAUGCUGUUUGUAAAAACUGUUGCUUGGUGCUAUGAACUGGAUGCGUUGUAUGUCAUCUGCAUGUCUCCAACAUGUUCCUCCUUUGAUUUUCCUUCCCAGAUGGGUCUGUAGUUGUGAUUUACCAUAAUUUCAGGCUUCUGGCUGUUACUCAAACUAUCUUUAGAAGAAUCCACAUCUAACAGAAGUGGGUGGCUUCUUCCUACCUGAGAAAGCAUGGCUUUCCCUUUGUCCCCCAGAGAUUUGCCAUAAUGCCCUUACCCACCCCCACCACCAAAAACAAAACCCAACAUGACUACACAUAUUCUAAAAUGUGCUAGCAUAUGAAUUAGGAUAAUUCAGUAUAUCAGUAUAUGUAGCUACAUAAAUUGUAAAACGAAACUCAGUUCUUUUUGUUUCGUAAUGGUGGAUAAUAAUAGCUCAACCUUCCAUCAAGAUCCAAACACAAAAAUAACCAUCAACUCCUUGUAGACUUGUAGAUUAACAACAUUGAAUCUGAAAGCACUGUGGAAGACUCUCUGUGUGGCGAGCAUUGUGUAACUGCUGGUAGAUGGGAUGGAUCUUAUAUUAUGCUAUUAAAUUCCCGUUCAUUGAUAGCCAUUAAAGAGAGGUAGUCUGAAUACUGGUACUAGGUAGUGGUAGACUUUCAGUUAGGAGUUUUAGGAUGCCACAUGCUUCUAGGCUCUAGGAGAGAUACCAGCUUGCCUGAUUUUAUUUUCUGUUUUUUGUUUUUUGUUUGUUUGUUUGUUUUUUGUUUUUUGGCAUCACUGGACAAUGUAACAGAACAAUAAAAUUCAGAAAUAGUUUCUUUCCAAAUAUGAAGGAAAAUACAUAUACAAGUUCACCAUCCACAGUGCUACAUGCAAAAGAGGAGGACUCUGUAGACAAAACUAGAGCUAUUUUUUUUUAAAACUCCCAGCCAAAAGAGAAGGUAGAACACGAGUUUCAAGACAGAUUUUACUGUACAUGUACAUUUAAACCUAGUAAAUGUGUGGACUUUCAACAGAUACCCAAGACCAUUGUUCCUGAGAACUUUCUUUGCAUGGAAUACUGAAUUGGGCCAUAAAUCAGACUCAUUUCUGCUUGAACGUUUUUACUUGCUUCCAAAAAAAAUCUUGCUAAUAAAUGCUGUAUCUUGUCAUAUAUUCUUAAUCAUUCCAGGAAAUUCAGAAAACUUUGGGAAAAUUGAGAAAAAUGCAUAUAACAGGUAUGCUAUGAUCUUAUGACUAUUGCAGAAGUAUAGUUUUGAUGUGACAUAUUCAAUAUUUUAUUUAUGUAGUAUUAUAUAAAAGCAUUAUUUUGCUAUUAAACAUUGAAGACAUUGUGAGAAUCUGUUAUAUUUCAUAGACCUAGUAAGAGUCCUUCUCUAUACUUAACCCCCAAAUCCAGGUGUAUUCAGUAUUUCCUGUUUAUGUGUGGUUCUGAAGGGUGGAUAAAAUACCUCUUGACCUUUUAUUACUCUGUGUCAUUACUCUUCUAGGGUAAUGUUUGGCUUUAUAAAAAUACUCCAGUGGCAUAUGAUAAAGAUGUCACUGCUUGUGUGGUGGAAACAGUGAAACUCUUUAACAGAGAAUGUUGGAACCCAGAUCUUUGCACGGGAAGAAAUAUGUGCCUGCACAGCACCAUGUCAGAUGAGAAGCAGACUCCAGAUAGACUCAAGGAAUACAAAGUCACAGCAUCAACUCCAAAGGGGGGAAACACAUCGUUACAGGUUGUACUUCUGCACGUAGCAAAGAUAAUUAUUUUAAGUAACUAAGCUGAGAAAUGGCAGGUGUGACAUAUUAAAAUGAAGUAUUUCUUCUCACGAAAUGUCUUCUCAAUACUCAUAGGCUCAUGACAGACAGUUCAAGGGACUGCCCAUCAAAAUGUAAAAUUUUUAAAAUGAGAAAAUAUCAAUACAGAUGCUGUUUACAAAGGAAAAGCCUGGGUAGCUAAUAACAACAAGAAUUGCUCAAACUUAUUAGUAAACUGAGAAGUGAAAAUUGGAGUAAAUGCUACAUCCAUUGUAUUGGUAAUAGUUAGUAAUAUGAUUAAUUCCCAGCAUUAGGAAUUCAACACUUUGGAAGUGCUGAGUGAAAUUUGUCACACAGUUCUCCUUUGGCCCAGUCAUCUUAUUUCAGGAUUUAUGAGCCAGAGAACUUCCAGGAGUCAAAUAUUAAGGUAGACGAUUAGACAAGGAUCUUUUCACCUUGGGAAGUUAAUGAGUUAAAUUUGCCAGGUACAUAAUGUAGAAACUAACACAGCAGUUAGAAGCAACUUGCUAUAGAGAGAUAAAAUAACAAUAGUCUUAACAUUUUAGCAUAAAGGAGAAAUAAGCUAAAACAGUGCCAUUCUGUCACCUUAAAGUAUAUACAUUCCUCCCUACAUAUCACAAUCACACAUCAAAUUCACAAAGAGUAUCCACUUAGAAGAGGGGAAUGGGAUGGGCUUAGUGAUAAAACAUACAUCAGUACCUUUACUGCAGCCAUGCACACAUCCAUUCUUAUCUCCCAUAAAGUAUUUUACUAACAUUGAACUAGAAUCUGAGACACAAAACUGUAAUUUACGUAAGGUUGCAUUAUAGGAGCAGAGGUAGCAUCCAAACUCUCAUGUCUGACUAUCAAGCCAUUUCCCCCGUGUGCAAACACAAAGAGGGAAGAAAACGAAGCUCGUUCUCUAUAACGGACGUACGCCCGGCCAAGGGCAUUCAAAGUGUACACUGGCAAAGUUUUGACCUGAGCAUGAUCAGGAAGCCAUCUCCACUGCCAACAUGUGUCUCCAUUUCUCCCCAAAUAUUUCCCCGUACUAAUUUAUAAUCACUUAAUCCUUCUUACUGCUUGAUGUUUUUACCCUACUUCCUCAGAAUUCCUGAUCUGCUUUUUCUAUAGACUAGCUUACAUUUUUACAAUAUAGACUGUUUACAUUUUUUUAGAAUUUUAUAUAAAUGAAAUCAUGUUUAUGUACAUCCAUGUGCUGUCUUGCUCUUUUUCUCAAAAUGAAACUAUUAAGAUCAAUUUGUGUUUCUGUCUCAAUAAUCACUUUUAAAUUUUAUCUGGCUAUAAUGUAAGUGUAAUGUAAGUCUGUUUACACACUCACCUGUUUAUACACAACUUUGUCAUCUAUAGUUGUGGAUGCUACUAAUAAAGUUAUCACCAACA